GAACGAGGCGUGCUUUGCGCUAUCUAGAGGCGAGAUCCCAAAGCGAAUCUAGAGAGAGGGAGAGACUGAGAAGGGAGACCACGGUUUCGAGAGAGAGAGAGAGAGAGAGAGAGAGAGAAGGCGAGGGUUUUAGAAGUGUGUGGGUACGGCGAUUUGGUCGAAGGCGUGGAGACUUUGAGCAUCGAGACUGCCUAAGUCGUUAACUGGCAUUUGCCUGGCUUGCUCUGGCGUAUUCGUGAGUUAUUUGGAGGUUGAUCUGGUUGGUGUUGUGUUCUGUUCGUUUGUUUUUCGAGAAAGUAGAGGACGAAAACGCAGAUGGAGUGGCCUGCCUAUUUGGAUGAAUAUGAGAAGCUUGUUAUACGGAUGACCACGCCGAGAGUUCAAACUUCGCAUUUGGGGAAAAAGAAAUUCCUCUUGACUUGUCUCCGUCACUUGUUCUGGCAGGGUAAUGAUCGACAAUGCUGGCUGUUCCAACGCUACUCGUGUCAUGAUUGAUAGUGCUAGAAAACACGGAAUUCUUCUCGAAGCGGUUCAAGUUCUCACAGAUCUUAACCUUACUAUUAAGAAGGCUUAUAUAUCUUCUGAUGGAAGGUGGUUCAUGGACGUUUUUCACGUGACUGAUCUUAGCGGAAACAAAUUGACGGACAAGAGUGUUAUAAGCUACAUUGAACAAUCAUUAGGUACAAUCCAUCAUACGAGAUCAAAAAGCUUCGAUGGCUUGACAGCUCUUGAGCUAACUGGUACAGAUCGGCUUGGCCUAUUAUCAGAGGUUUUUGCGGUACUAGCUGAUCUGGAAUGCAAUGUGGUUGAAGCUAAAGUGUGGACACAUAAUGGAAGAAUUGCUUCCCUCAUUCACGUUAAGGACUGCGAUUCAGGUUCUCCAAUUGAAGACUCCCAGAAGAUCGACAAAAUUGAAGGGCGGUUGAGAAAUGUCCUUAAAGGGGACAACGAUAUUCGAAGUGCCAAGACAUCUGUUUCUAUGGCUGUUACACACACUGAGAGAAGACUACAUCAGAUGAUGUUUGCAGAUCGUGAUUAUGAGCGCAAGCCUAUUAUAAGGACUAGUUCUGAUUGUCCUCUUGUCACGGUUCAAAACUGUUUGGAGCGGGGCUAUUCUGUCUUGAACAUUCAGUGCAAGGACCGAGCAAAGCUUCUGUUUGAUGUUGUGUGCACGUUGACGGAUAUGGAAUAUGUGGUCUUUCAUGCCACCAUUGACACAGAAGGGGAGCUAGCAUAUUUGGAGUUCUUCAUUAGGCAUGCGGAUGGUACCCCUAUUAGUUCGGAACCUGAAAAGGAACGGGUGAUUCUAUGCCUACAGGCUGCUAUCCGAAGGAGAGCAUCGGAGGGAGUAAGGUUAGAGCUUUGCACUGCAGAUAGGAGGGGGCUGUUGGCAGAUGUAACCCGAACCUUCCGUGAGAAUGGUCUUAACGUGACAAGGGCAGAAAUUUCCACACAAAUGGAUACAGCUCUAAACGUCUUUUACGUGACGGAUGCAAAGGGGAACCCUGCAGAUCCAAAGAUCAUCGAAUCAGUACGAGAGGCAAUCGGAAUGAGUGACUUGAAAGUGAAGGAAUUGCCACCGAUCUCUCAUCAAAAGGCCGAGAGGGAUGAACCCACAGUUGGGUCCGGCGGGGCCAUGUUGUUAUCGCUUGGGAGUCUAGUGAGGAGGAAUCUCUACAAUUUGGGGUUGAUCAGAUCUUAUUCUUGAAAGCAAAACCCUCCAUAGACAACACAAUUGGUUGGGUGGGCGAAUACUCGACCCUUGUGGCAUAUAUUUCGCUUUAGAGCUGGGCUUGUGUACAUAAGAAAGUUAAUUAGAGCAGGGGUUUGGUGAUGUUUGUUGUAGUUGAGGUUUGGUUGGUUGAAUAGGUAGACACAUACACAUACAAGAUGGUGAUGCCGCGGGGCCAUUGCCACCAUUUCAAAAUUGCUUUGUGAGGAAGAAAUUUGAGACUGGAGGGAAAAAGGUGGGAAAAUGUGGUGGCGGUGGACCUCGUGGCGGUGGAUUGUGGGGUAAUGGGUAUAUGGGUUAUUCGGUUGAUGGUUGGCAGGCAGAAGAGCAGUAGGUAGAGAAAAGAAAUUGGUUUUUACAUAUAGCACAACAUUUGUACAUAAAGACCUUUCUUCGAGCAUUGCUUAUGGUUGACCUGAUUUUUUCUACAA